CGAAACGUUUCAUUCCAGACCAGGCGCUCAGUUCUAGUUUGUUCGCCACUGAGACGAGAAGCAUAGCAUGUGUCCAUCAGUUUACAGCCACGUACACGCAUAUUUGUUGCAUUUUCAAUCCUAUCAUAAACAAUAUUCAUACGGUUACCGUUAGAAAUUCUUUUAAUCAUACAAUCGAUUGGAUUUUCAUUAUUACUAUUACCAUUUGAUACUAAUUUCAACCAUUAAAUAAAAUAAUUUACACUACACCAUAUCAGUCCGAUUGGUAGAUUAAGGAUUUAAAAGUUAACAGUUGUGCACCCAAGCGUUAUGAUAUUUUCAUGGAUAUUAAAGUGUAUGAUGCUUGGCUGGUGAAGUGAAGGAUUGAUUGAUUGUUUUGGUAAUUUCUCAGAGUGGCAAAGAGCUCUUGUACCUUGGUCAUCUCACAUAUUAUUCUGUUCUUCUUCAAAUCUUCAGUAUCAACAUCAACUAAAACAAUAGUUUGCAGAAAGGUAUUUCCAGUUAAGUUACUAAAUUGCUUUUACAAUAACAGCAAGCGAGAGUAAGUAAGACAAAGUGAUAGAUAAGCGAAAGGAAUAAAACGAAGACAGAAAAAGUCCAUUAGGUAAAGAAAAAUAGAAGGACUGUGGCAAGCGACCAACCAGAGCGAGGUAGCAGCAGCAGCAAGAAGCAGGGCGGUGGAAAGAGAUUGUGAAGUAAAGAGAGAAUAAGAACCAAAGGGAAGACAAGUUGGACGACUUUGGAUUACCAACAACGACAUCGACAACGACCAACACCAAAAGACGACGACCAGCCUAAACUAUCUAUACAACUAACAACAUCAGCUUCAAAGGCUCGUCUUUAUUAACAUUCACUGAAGAUAAUUUUUCUUCAUUCAAUUUAUUCAAAAUUUUUAAGGAUAUUUUUUUUUAAUUGUUUGGCUCUUGGUAUAAAGAAAAAAAAAACUCCGAAAAUGUCUGUCAUCUUUCCAACUCUCACCAACGACGAUGAGGGUACUCUUGUCAGUAGAUACGAAGUUCCAAUUAUUAACUUUGACUGCUUGAACAGUAAUACACCGAAAGGAAUCCACACCAAACAAGUUUCCACAAAACUUGUGCGGGCUUUAGCUAAAAAAGGUUUCGCUAUUCUUGUCAAUCAUGGCGUUUCUCUCAGAAAGACAAAAGACAUGUAUCAAGCUUUGGAUGACUUUUGUGGAUUACCUCAACAAUCUCGUGCCAAAUGUGAAUGUGUUGCACCUUCACACAGUGGAUACAUCAAAACAGAAGAGGGUCCAUCAUUGAGAGAAACGGAAUCCAGACACGAGUUCAUUGUAUCCGGGAAAGACACUGUUCUGCCAGAUGAAGAUCUCCCGACGUUCCGGAACUCGGUGGAUAAUCUCGUGGACGACUUCAAAGUACUUACAACAAGGCUUCUCGUCGCUAUUGCUGUUGGAUUGGGGCAACCAUCAGAUUAUUUUCUGAAGAAUCAUACCAAUCUUCUUAAUUCUGGCAAUGAUUCAUCAUUCCGAAUGAUUUGCUACUCACCCACAUAUUCAGUGAAGGGUGGUGAAAUGCGCUUUGGACCAAGCUCUGAAACUGGCACAUUUUCAUUUUUCAUUUCAGAUUGCGAGAGUGGGUUUGAAGUUAAGUCAAUCUACAGUGAGCGUUGGUCACGAGUAGGAUACUUUCCAGGAGGGAUUCUGGUUUGUGCUGGUGAUGCUUUAGCCAGAUGGACCAAUCAGCAGAUGGUGUCAUUAAAACAUCGUGUGGUUGUACCAGAACACUGUCCCCGUAGUCGUCACACACUUGGAUUUUGUGUUGAGCCUGAUGAGAAUGUUGAAUUUGAAGCAUUGGACACAUCAAUCUUAAAUCCACCUCCAGAACCGGUGCUAUGUCGUCUUCAGAAAAAAAAACGUGGCGUACUAUCGGCGUAUCAUCAUCUACAACGUCGAUUUCGUGAAGCUUAUGCUUCCUAAUGAUUAUUAAAAUCAAUAAUUCCCUGGCGUGUUACUUACCAUUUAAAAAAACUAUCACGUUACUUCCAUCAAGGGAUUGCGAUUAACAAGAACUCACUUAUUAUAAUAAUUAUUAUUACUAUUAUUAUUAUUAUUCUCUCGAUUCUUUAAGCUCUAUUGUCAAUAUUUGACUAUGUAGCUAGAAUUUUUAUAACUGCGAUUAAUAAUAAAUAGCAAUCGCAAUAGACUGAAUAGUAUAAAUUUAAUAAUCCGGCAAAUGAUUUUUUUUUCUAGGCUUUCGUGGUCUAUUGAUUCAAUAAUGGUAAAGAUAAUUAAUUGUAAUGCAUUUAAAUCUAUUGAAUUCCGUAACAUUGACAUCUUUUUUCCAGUAUCAAUUAAAUAAUAUUAUUUUCGACAAAAUUGAUAUUUUUUUAACUGAAAUGAAGAUAAAUGAGACCAUGAAAAAUAUACUAGAGUCGAGAAACCGAUUCAUUGAACCGUCCAAUAAUCUUUCGUUAAUAUAUAUAUCUCUUUAAUUAAUUUUUUUUUUCCUAUUCAUUAGUUGACUUUAAUUCUUCUACCUAUUUUUUAACUAAAUAUCAAAAAAAAAAAAGACCACGAGAGUUUAUCGUCUGUUCGGGUAAACCGUGAUAUAUAUUAAGCGUACACGAAGUAUCAGUCUGGAAUAUCCAGCAAUAAUAAAUGAUUAAUCAAUUUGUACUUAAAAAUUCAGCGUAUUUUUUUUUUUUUUUAUUUACUUUGUAAAAGGAAUUAUCAAUCGUCUUUUAUCGAUGAAUUCAAACGUAUAUCUUACGACUCUAUAACAAAUCAAUUAAAUUAUUGCCUUGUAUCGAUUUAUAACCACGUCAGGAUUUAUAAAUUUUUAUACUUGAUUUGAUAUUCUUAACUAUAUAGGUGAUGUUUCAAAGUAAUUGUUAUACUGCUGAUUUUAUUCAAAAUUUUUUAAUUAUAUAUCUGUAAUUGAUAUAAUUCAAUAAAACAUUCAAAAAUUUUA